AUCAUGACGAAAACUUCCUUAAACUUCUAGACAAAAGUAAGAAUAUUAAAGCUGACGUUCACAAGGCUCUCCAAAGUUGCUCGUGGCUUAGUGGGAAGUAUGGAAUAGCUCGCCCAAACGAGAAGAUGCCGUUUCCUCAUUUGUAUGUCACAGUUGAUUUUGAGAAAGAAAAUUCGGAGGCUGCUUUCAAAAAUGAGAUCGAUGAAAAGUUAAAAUGGAAAGUAUCUAAAUACAUCGAAUUACGAUGUAAACCAUUGAAAGAAGCAAAGUUUCGAAUGCUGUCUAAAAUUAUAGCGGAAAGAACCGAGGGUAGUUUUGGAACAUUGACAAUGUUCUGCCUUAAGAAUGGUAUGUACUAUGCCUUGACCUGUGCUCAUACUGGUGUUGUCAAUUAUUUGGAUGACCGUCAACAACAGUAUAGUGACGGAGACCAAUUUGUGGAAAUCCAAGAAUCUUAUAUUGUCCCAAUUAAUGAAGACAGCAUGGAAUACUUUUACAACGGACAACCGAUUGUCCGUGUUCCGGAUGAAACGAGAGUGGUGUCUAAUGAAGAAGUCGAUAUUAUGUACAUCGUCAUUGGUAGGGAGGAAGAUUUUCAGGAGCUUGAUGUAAAUAGGCAGAUGACUCUCAAUUUAGAGUUGGAGGGAGCAAACGAAGAGAUUUAUGAAAAAUUUUGUUAGUUUCCAAAUGAUGUCAAAGUUCGAACAGCAGACGCAAUACUUGGCGAUAUUUGCCGUCCGAAUUGGACGUAUCGUAGCCCGAAUUCGAAUCAAAUUGUUUACCAGAAUGCGGUACUUGCUCAAAGUAGUAACCAAUCAAUUGAUUCCGGGGACUCCGGAGCCUUAGUGUAUUUUCUAAAACAAAAAAUAAUUGGAAACCGUUUGCAUAUGUUGUUGCCGCAUUUAAAGAUUAUGAAUCUGAUUCCUCCAGACCAAGGAAAAGUUACAUCUGCUUGAAAUUGGACAAGGCUUUGAAUGGACUGAAUAUUAACAACGCUGAAUAUUUCGAAAGAUCACGAAAGCAACCUGGAGCAUCAACCUGACGAAGGUCAGAAUUAAGUGAGCUUAUUUAAAGAGUCUCAACAAAGUGCAAAUCCUCGUAGUAUAAGACAAAACCUAACAAUUAAAAUGAUAAUAAUACUCUUUGCUUAAUGUAGCCCCUAUAGCGAAAACUUCAUUUAUUUACUUUCCUCUGUAGAUUUUUAAACAUCUAGAUUUCAUGAGUAAGUCAAAACAAAUGUAUAUUACAUACUGCACGUUUUUAUUCAUUUACAUUGUCAUGUAGUUACUCUUACUAUAAAAACAUUUACUAAGUAUUUGCCAUUCAACAUGACUAAUUUCAGUACUUUGCCGUCAUGUAUUUAUAAAUAAAUAUUUGUAUGGUUUGCACUUAUUUAAUUUAAUCAAUUAAAAAGCAAAAUUUCUCGAAAGAUGAAGUUAUGCAUUAA